AUGAGCACUCAAAAUGAAGAACUACAGGACCGGGCCAUUGUCAAAAUUGCAGCUCACUUACCAGACCUCAUUGUCUAUGGAGAUUUCUCUCCAGAACUACCCUCUGUGGACUAUUUUGAUGGAGUCCUGAUGUUUGUUGAUAUAUCAGGAUUCACUGCCAUGACUGAGAAGUUCAGCACGGCAAUGUACAUGGACCGCGGGGCUGAGCAGCUGGUAGAGAUUCUCAACUACUACAUAAGCGCAAUAGUGGAAAAAGUGCUGGUUUUUGGAGGAGAUAUCCUUAAAUUUGCAGGUGACGCACUGCUAGCCCUGUGGAAGGUGGAGAGGAAGCAACUGCAAAACAUCAUCACGGUGGUCAUCAAAUGCAGCCUGGAGAUCCACGGUCUGUUUGAGGCCAAGGAGGUGGAGGAAGGCCUUGAUAUCCGAGUCAAGAUAGGACUGGCUGCUGGUCACAUCACCAUGUUGGUCUUCGGGGAUGAAACACGCAACUACUUUCUGGUGAUUGGCCAGGCGGUGGAUGAUGUGCGCCUUGCACAGAACAUGGCUCAGAUGAACGAUGUCAUUCUGUCACCAAACUGCUGGCAGCUGUGUGACCGGAGCAUGAUUGAGAUUGAGAGGAUUCCAGAUCAGAGGGCAGUUAAGGUUAACUUCUUAAAACCACCCCCUACUUUCAACUUCAACGAGUUUUUCUUAAAGUGUAUGAACUUCAUGAAGUAUUAUCCUUCUGGUGAUGACAAAAACUUGCUGAGGCUUGCAUGCAUGCUGGACUCAAAUCACGGCCUGGAGCUGUCCCUGCAGAAGUAUGUGAUGGAAAUCAUUUUGAAGCAGAUUGAUGACAAACAGCUUCAGGGCUAUUUGUCUGAGCUUCGUCCAGUGACCAUUGUGUUUGUGAACUUGACGUUUAAUGACCAAGACAAAGCAGAAGUCAUAGGCUCGGCCAUCCAAGAUGCCUGUGUGCACAUCUCUUCUGUCCUGAAGGUCUUCCGAGGCCAGAUCAAUAAGGUCUUCAUGUUUGAUAAGGGAUGUUCCUUCCUCUGUGUCUUUGGUUUCCCUGGGGAAAAAGCCCCUGAUGAGAUCACUCACGCUUUGGAAAGUGCUGUGGAUAUAUUUGACUUCUGCUCUCAGGUCCACAAAAUCCACACUGUCUCCAUUGGCAUUGCCAGUGGGGUUGUCUUCUGUGGGAUCGUUGGACACACUGUGAGGCAUGAGUACACAGUCAUUGGUCGGAAAGUGAACAUAGCUGCCAGGAUGAUGAUGUACUACCCGGGCAUCGUGACCUGUGACUCUGUCACCUACAAUGGCAGCAACCUGCCAGCCUACUUUUUCAAAGAGCUUCCAAAGAAGGCUAUGAAAGGUGUUGCUGAUUGCGGACCGAUCUAUCAGUGUUUGGGCCUCAAUGAGAAAGUCAUGUUUGGCAUGGCAUACCUCAUCUGCAACAGAAAUGAAACGUAUCCUUUGCUGGGACGUACUAAGGAGAUUAACUACUUCAAGGAUAUUAUGAAGACUUGUCUGGCAACAAAAUGCAGCCAAGUUCUAAUGUAUGAAGGAUUACUAGGGUAUGGAAAAAGCCAGUUACUUACAGAAAUCCAGCACAUGGCAGAAGAGAUUAGCCACAGGUCUAUUGCUAUUGCAUUAACUAAGAUCAGCUUCCAUCAACAUUUCUAUACUAUCCAGAUCCUCAUGGCCAAUGUGCUGGGUUUGGAUGCUUGCAAGCAUUACAAAGAACGACAGACCAACCUUCAAAUUAAACUCAAGACACUGCUGGAUGAAAAAUUUCACUGUAUUCUUAAUGACAUUUUUCAUGUCCAGUUCCCUAUGUCACGGGAGAUAUCCAAGAUGAGCUCCGUAAGAAAGCAAAGACAAUUGGAAACACUGUUUGUGAAGAUUUUAGAGAAAACAAUGAAAGAGGAGAUGAUUAUCUUCAUCAUUGAUGAGGCCCAGUUUGUGGACGUGACCUCCUGGGUCUUCAUAGAGAAGCUCAUCCAGACCCUCCCCAUCUUCAUCGUCAUGGCCCUGACCCCCUUCAUGGAGCUUCCCUGUGCAGCCGCCAUCAGAAUGAUGAGGAACAGGAACACCACCUACAUCAAGCUGGGCGUGGUGCCGUCCGAAGAAAUCCGCAACAAGGUCUGUUUUGACCUCAGUGUGAACAGCAUCCCCACAGAGCUGGACUCGUACCUGGUGGAAGGAAGCUGUGGGAUCCCCUUCUACUGUGAAGAAAUGCUAAAAAACCUCGACCACCACAAACUUCUCCUUUUCCAGCCAGUGGAGUCCGAGGAAAAGACAGCUAUGACCUGGAGUAACAUGUUCAAGAAUUUUGUUAGACCAACAGAGGACAUUACUGCAGCUAUUGUCAAAGAAAAGGGAAGUGAAGAAGCAUGUAAUCUCACAAAGGGUGUCCGACUAAAGAACUUGUCACCUCCGUCAUCAUUAAAAGAGAUCUGUCUGGUCCAGCUGGAUAGCAUGAGCCUUUCCCACCAAAUGCUCGUGAGAUGUGCCGCCAUCAUCGGCCUGACCUUCACUACAGAACUGCUGUUUGAGAUUCUCCCUUGCUGGAACAUGAAGAUGAUGCUGAAAGCCCUGGCCACCCUGGUAGAAUCAAAUGUCUUCCAUUGUUUCAGGAAUGCCAAGGAGCUUCAGUUGGCUCUGAAACAAAACGAGUCCUCAUGCGAGGUGCAUUACCGCUCCUCGUGUUUGAAGUCCAACGAAGGGUUGGGUCACAGGGGACAGGACAAGCUGCGUGAAAUGGAAGGCAAGGUGAUCGAAUGCCGCAUCAUCCGAUUCUGCAGGCCUAUGAUGCAGAAAACGGCUUAUGAGCUGUGGCUCAAGGACCAGAAGAGAGCCAUGCACUUGAAAUGUGCCCGUUUCUUAGAGGACAGUGCCCACCAGUGCUACCACUGCAGAGACAAGGACUUCAUCCCCUACCACCACUUCACAGUGGACAUCCGGCUCAACACUUUGGACAUGGAAACAGUUAAGAAGAUGGCUCAGUCCAGAGGAUUUAAAACCAAAGAGGAGGUCAUCUUUUCUAAGUUCGUGAACCCGUCAAAAUCUACGUUAUUGCCUGGAAGGCUCAGUCCUGAAGAAGUAAGGGACAAGAUAUUGGUAUUCUUUGAUGCUAUUAUAAGUAAGAUGAAGACAACUCAGGAAGAUAUCCUCCCUGUGGAACCGUGCCAGUGCGCAGACAUUCUCCAGAUGGUCAUCUUGCCUCUAGCCCAGCAUUUUCUGGCUUUGGGAGAAAACAACAAAGCCCUGUAUUAUUUCCUAGAAAUUGCAGCAGCUUAUCUCAUCAUGAGUGAUAACUAUAAGGCAUACAUUUAUUUGAAUGAGGGAGAACAGUUACUGAAAACUCUUAAGACAGAAAAAUCUUGGAAUCAGACCUUUGAAUUGGCCACCUUUUAUAGUUUAAAAGGUCAGGUCUGCUUUAAUAUGGGCCAAAUGGUGCUUGCCAAGACAAUGUUGAAGAGGGCAUUGAAGCUCCUCAACCAAAUCUUUCCUUACAACUUACUUUCCUUGUUUCUCCAAAUUCAUGUUGAGAAAAACAGACACCUUCAGCUUUUGAGUCAUAGCAUGCACCGCCAUACCCACCCAAGCAUUCCUGAUGAAAGUCUGGCACAACUGCACCUGCAAACCACCUGCUUCUCCCUGCUGUGGCAGAUCUAUAGCUUGAAUUAUUUUUCUCACCCUAAGUACUAUAGCCAACUGGCAGCUCUUAAGCAAGUGAAUGUUGCACUGGAAACUCAAGAUAAUUUCCAGAUCAUUAAGGCUUACCUGGACUAUUCGCUAUACCACCACCUGGCUGGCUACCAGGGCGUGUGGUUCAAAUAUGAAAUGAUGGCCAUGGAGCGGAUCAUGAGGCUCCCACAGAAAGGAGAGGGCAUUGAAAUCAUAGCAUAUGUGGCUGACAAACUGGGCUACAUGAAGUUCUUAAUGGGUCAUCUGGACUUGGCCAUUGAAUUAGGCGUGCGAGCCCAUGAGAUGUGGUUGCUUCUCCAGAAUCCCAACAAAUACCAUAUGGUUCUCUGCAGGCUGAGCAAAUAUCUCUUCUUGAGAAACAGACACAAGCAAUUGACCAAGGUGCUGAAGUGGCUGUGGGAUCUCUCUAUAGAAGAAGAACACAUCUUCAGCAAGGCAUUUUUCUAUUUUGUUUGCUUUGAUAUCAUGCUUUAUUCAGGCUAUACUUAUAGAUCAUUUAAUGAAUGUUUAGAGUUUGUAUGUUACAAUGAAGACAACAGAAUCCUUAAGUUCCAGAGUGGACUCCUUCUGGGACUUUAUUCCUGCAUAGCUAUCUGGUAUGCUAGACUUCAGGAAUGGGACAAUUUUUAUGAUUUUUCCAAUAAAGCUAGAAAGCUAGUGACAAGAAGAACCCCGACAAUGCUUUACUAUGAAGGAAUCUUGAGGUACUUGGAGGGACAAGUUCUCCACCUUCAGAAGCAAAUCGAGGAACAGGAAGAGAAGGCACAGGAAAAUGGGGCUGAGCUGCUCAGGAACCUAGGGAGUCUUGUGGAACAAAAUACAACUGGCCCUGUCUUUUACCCGCGGCUCUACCACCUGAUGGCCUAUGUCUACAUGUUACUGGGAGAUGGACAGAAUUGUGACACCUUCCUGAACAAAGCCUUAUACAUCUCUGAAAUGCAGGGGAAUAUGGUGGAGAAAUCUUGGCUGGGCAUGAACAAGGACUGGUGGUAUUCAAGCUCUGAGACAUCAGAAGAAGACCAGUGGAUGAAUAUAGUCUUGACUCUUCCCACAUGGAAUGACAUUUUAUCAGGCAAUGUAACCAUUCAGGAUGUGCAAAGAAACAAGUUUCUCAUGAAAGUUAAUAUCCUAGACAAUCCAUUCUAAUAAUUCUUGCAAGAGAACAAAGAUCUCAGUGAGAAUCUC